AUGCUUCAUCCCGAAUCAAAACCAGACCCGAAAUCCGAUGACCAGACAAAAGCAGUAGUAGCGAUUCGUUCCGGUAAAGACGUACUUCUGCCUUCUGCUGUCAUCAAAGUGCAAAUUGGCAAGAAAUUUGUACUCGCUCGUGCCUUAAUCGACUCGUGUUCACAAGUCAAUCUCGUCACCGAAGCGUUUGUGAACAAACACCAUCUCGUUAAACGCCCGUCUGCCUACAGCCUCGAAGGUAUUUCAUCUCAAACGGUGCAUACAAGCUAUGUUGUGUCGUUUACUGUGAAAUCGCGUUUCAAUAAAGCUCAGCUGAAAAUCGAUGCUGAACUUAUUGGCUCACUACCUUACACGAUCGACUCGAAAAUGCAACGACACGUUGCCACGCUCGAACCAGACCUCGCUCUUGCCGAUUCGGAACUCGAAACCAGCCACGUUGACAUUCUCAUCAGUGCUGAAUACGUCAGUCGUAUCAUGACUGGCAACAAGAAGUUCGUCGGUGAUCUCGCAUUCGAAGAAUUGCUCUUCGGUUGGCUCACGAUCGGAGCUGUCAAAGUUCCACCUCUCGAACGAAAAUGCUGUUUGCUUAGUACAACAACGCACGAUGUACUUGCUAAAUUUUGGGAAAUUGAAGAAGUUAAUCCUCCCAAAAUUACUCUCAGCGAACAUGAGCUUUGGGAAAACCACUUCCAAAGCACACAAAUUCGAUUACCCGAUGGCAGAUUCCAAGUUCGAUUACCUUUCAAGGAUUCUACUGAUAAACUCGCCAACACGUAUCCUCAAGCUCUCAGCGCUUUGUUGAAGUAUGAGAAAUCGCCACUUCGACCUCGAUAUGCCGAAUUCAUGCGCGAAUAUCUCAAUCUCGGUCACAUGCGUCUCAUUAAAGAUCCAGAUGCAGUACAGCGAUACUACAUACCGCACUUACCCGUAUUACGCGAAGACAGCUCGACAACAAAACUGCGUGUAGUAUUCAACGCUUCUGCGAAGAACAAAUCUGGUCUUUCUCUGAACGAUAUCUUGCUGAACGGUCCGAUUCGUCAAUCGUUUCUAUUCGAUAUUCUCAUUCGAUGGAGAAUUUUCCUAAUCGCCUUUUCUGCUGACAUCAAGAUGAUGUAUCGUUGCAUCGGUAUGAACGAAGAUGAUUGUCGCUUUCAAUCAAUCUUAUGGCGUUUCGAUCUCGAUCAACCUGUCGAAGUAUUCGAGCUCACAACUGUGACAUACGGAACAGGUCCAGCCGCUGCCGAUUCUACUGCCUGUGUCAACGAAGUAGCUGACACAGAAGUACCCGAAGAUGAACCUGAAGUGAAAGAAGCGAUAAAGGAAAUGACCUAUAUGGAUGAUAUUCUAUCUGGUGCGGAAAACGUUCAAGCAGCUAUCGUUAAAGCGCAAAAAAUUCACAACGCGCUUAUGAAAGCUCAAUUUCCUUUGCGUAAAUAUGUCUCAAACUCGACUGAAUUUCUCACCUCGCUCGCUCCUGAACUCGUUGAAGAAUUGAAACCAGUAUCGUUUUGCUCUGAUGGAGUUGCAAAAAUACUUGGUCUUCAAUGGUACCCGAACGAAGAUGUGCUGCGUGUUCACCAUCAAACGGUGGAUAUUUCGAAAGUCACUCUCACCAAACAAGUGGUAUCCUCGUUAAUUGCCAGCAUCUUCGAUCCGCUCGGUCUCGUAAACCCCAUAUUGAUUCGAGGUAAAAUCUUGCUUCAAGAAAUAUGGCGGCAAGAUUUGGCGUGGGAUGACCAAAUUCCUCACAAAAUUGAAAAAAGUUUUCGAGAAUACUACCAAGACCUUGAAAAGCUGUUUUCUAUUCAAAUACCUCGCGCUUACUCGACAUUUGCUCCUGAUCGAUUCGAAUUAAUUGGAUUCAGUGAUGCAAGUGAAAAAGCUUAUGGUGCUGUCGUCUACAUCAAAUCGUAUUCUUCAUCAUCAAUCGCUGUCUCGCUCGUUGCCUCAAAGUCGAAAGUCACACCGAUAAAGGAGCUCAAAGUUCAUCGACUCGAAUUACUCGGUGCUGUACUGCUCGUUAAUCUACUCUCGAAUAUCUCCAAAAUGCUGAAAUACGACGUCUCGAAGUCACGAGUCUUCUCAGAUUCUCAAGUCGCACUCGCUUGGCUGAAAGGUCCAGCAUCUCGAUUCGAUACCUUCGUACGCAAUCGUAUCGAACACGUCAACUCGAUCAUACCGUACGCUCAAUGGAGUUACGUCAACACGAAAGAAAAUCCUGCUGAUUUGGUCACUCGAGGUGUAUCUAUCGAAUCGCUCAUCGACAAUCAACUUUGGCUCCAAGGACCUAGUUGGUUACAAACCGAAGAUACUCCGAAAGUCGAAAUUAGUUUACCCGAACCACCUGAAAAACGUCGAACUGUAUUGCUGUUAUGUCAAGCAACUACAGAAGCAUUCAUCAGCGAAUAUUCAUCGUACGAAAAGCUGAUUCGAAUGGUUCGAUUGUUUGUAACGUUCUACGCUCGAUUAUCUCAUUACCAAUUGCGAAUUUCGAAGAUCAUGUUCGAAGAUCCACGAUUACCGAUUUACAUCAUCGCUCGAAUUUCUCAGCUUACUUGGUUCAAGAACGAAAUCGAAUCAAUCCAGAAUCAAGUACCUUUGAAAUCUCGUAACACGCUCGCUUCGAUAAGUCCCUUUCUCGAUCAGUUUGGAGUACUCCGGGUAGGAGGAAGGCUUCGAAAUAGUCGCUUCUCUUACGACGUUAAGCACCCGAUCAUCUUACACGGACAGUCCGAGUACGCCAAACUACUCGCUCGACACAUUUACGAAAAGUAUUACCACGCAUCACAAUCGUUUACUCGAUCGUUCAUACUCAGUCGCUACUGGAUAGUUACUGGAGUUCGGCGACUAGUGAAAAACACCAUCGAUAAUUGCGUCUGGUGUACUCGAAUGAAAGCUCAGACAGUUAGCCAAAUCAUGGGUGAUUUGCCUACUGAACGCUUAACCAUCGCUCGUCCGUUUACCAAUGCCAGUGUCGAUUACGGCGGUCCUUUCAUGAUCAGAUGUACUAAUCAUCGAACACCAAAGUACAUCAAAUGUUAUGCCGCUUUCUUCGUUUGCUUGGUGACUCGCGCUGUAUUCAUCGAACCUGUGUCCGAUCUCUCGACGACUGCGUUUUUAGCCGCUUUUCAACGCUUCCGGAAUCGCCGAGGUACUCCUGCGAUAAUGUACUCCGAUAACGGAACGAAUUUCGUUGGUGCUAAGAACGAUCUCGAGAAAAAUAAUCCCGAACUCGCACUCGAAUGGAAAUUUAUUUCUCCUAGAACUCCACACCAAGGUGGAGUCUGGGAAGCUGCGGUCAAAGCUGGGAAAAAGCAUCUACUAGCUGCGACGAAAGGAGCUGUUCAAACCGAAGAAGAAUUCCGAACAGUUCUCACAGCUGUCGAGGCGAUCCUCAACUCUCGACCAUUAUAUGCCUCUUGUAAUUCGACCGAUGUUGAGGAGAUCGAUGUCCUCACUCCAUCCCAUUUCCUGAUUGGUUCAAGUUUGCUCGAAAAGGACGAUCCUAGCCCAUUCGAUAUUACAUUGGGCGAAAGAUUGACGCUUCAACGUCAGAUUAUCGAGUCAUUCUGGCAUAAUCUGAAAUCGAGCUAUCUUGCCAAACUUCAGACUCGCUCGAAAUGGAAAAAAGCCGAACCGAAUCUUUCAAUCGGUGAUAUCGUCAUAUUGAAAGAAAAUUCGUCGCCAUGUUCAUGGCCCCUCGGAAGAAUCAUCGAUGGCAAACCUGAUGCCAAAGGCCACCUACGAAAGGUCUCCGUUAAGGCCAAAGGAUCGAUUUUCCAACGAGGUGUCCAGGAAUUGGUCAAACUUCCAGUCGAAACGAAAAUCGCUGGAGAAUAA